GUAUUGAGAAUAUGCUCAGUGCCAGCAGCCAGCGCUGGAGGGGGAUAUGAGCCUUUAAAACAUCUCGAGCUCUCUCAAACUUCCUUACAGGCGGUGCUCUUUCAGACCGGGUUUACUUCCUCCAGUCUCCCUCGCUUCUCUCUUCCUUAACUCAUUGUUGGAUUACUUAUCUAGAUCAGUAAACAUGGCAACGCUGAGAGCUCUGAGAAAAUUCUGCCAGCAAUCUAAGCAUCAAGUGUGCAGUCUACAUAUGUCCUCAUCAAGACAGGAAGCUGUGGUCAUCUCAGGCAGGAAGUUGGCCCGUCAGAUCCGGGAGGAGGCCAGGACCGAUGUGGAACAGUGGGUCUCCACUGGCAACAGGAGACCCCACCUGAGUGUGGUCCUUGUAGGAGAUAAUGUAGCCAGUCACUCCUACGUCCUGAAUAAGACCCGGGCUGCAGCUGAUGUUGGUAUCAGCAGUGAGACCAUCCUGAAGCCCUCCUGUAUCUCUGAGGAUGAACUCAUGGACCUGAUCUACAAACUCAACACAGACCACCGGGUGGAUGGCCUGCUCGUGCAGCUGCCUCUGCCAGAACACAUUGACGAGCGGCGCAUCUGUAAUGCUGUGUCCCCCGACAAGGAUGUGGACGGCUUCCAUGUGGUCAAUGUGGGCCGCAUGUGCCUGGACCAGUCCACCAUGCUGCCCGCCACUCCCUGGGGAGUCUGGGAAAUUAUCAAACGCACAGGAAUUCCUACCCUUGGAAAGAAUGUUGUGGUAGCGGGACGCUCCAAGAAUGUGGGCAUGCCCAUUGCCAUGUUGCUGCACUCGGAUGGACGCCAUGAGAGGCCAGGGGGUGAUGCCACGGUCACUAUCUCUCACCGUUACACACCAAAGGAACAGCUCCGUCAGCACACAAGAAUUGCAGACAUCGUUGUUGCUGCUGCAGGGAUUCCAAACCUCAUCACCGCAGACAUGAUCAAAGAAGGAGCAGUCGUUAUUGAUGUUGGAAUAAACAGAGUGCAUGACCAUGUGACUGGCAAGGACAGACUUGUAGGGGACGUGGAUUUUGAAGGUGUGAGACAAAAGGCUAGCUUCAUUACCCCAGUGCCUGGAGGAGUAGGACCCAUGACAGUGGCCAUGCUUAUGAAGAACACAAUCAAGGCAGCUAAGAACCUCCUGCUGACUCCUGCUGAGAGGAUCCGCAUGGUAGCCUCUUCAUAACAGGCCAUACCUGACUUCAUCAAGUGACACAUUCCAUCCCACCAUCCCUUCCCUUUUUACUCUGAGCAACUCGGCGAACUCCACUGCACACAGACACAGAUCGAAACAUGAUUGCUUUAGGAUUCUCAACUUGCUGGUACCUUCCACUUUCAUAAUCUCCACCCGCCAUUUCAGACUAAUACAACUCAGCCAUUCAGCUACUAUAUACGCCUUGCAAAAGUAUUCAUCCCCCUUGGCGUUUUUCCUAUUUUGUUGCAUUACAACCUGUAAUUUAAAUGGAUUUUUAUUUGGAUUUCAUGUAAUGGACAUAAAAAGCCCAGACCUCAAUCCAAUUGAGAAUCUGUGGUAUGACUUAAAAAUUGCUGUACACCAGCGGAAGCCAUCCAACUUGAAGUUUUGCCUUGUAGAAUGGGCAAAAAUCCCAGUGGCUAGAUGUGCCAAGCUUAUAGAGACAUAUCCUAAGAGACUUGCAGCUGUAAUUGCUGCAAAUGGUGGCUCUACAAAGUAUUGACUUUGGGGGGAGGGGGUGAAUAGUUAUCCACGCUCAAGUUCUGUUUUUUCCCCCCAAAGUGGUAGGCAUGUUGUGUAAAUCAAAUGAUACAAACCACCCCCCAAAAAAAUUAUUCCAGGUUGUAAGGCAACAAAAAUAGGAAAAAUGCCAAGGGGGUAAAUACUUUCGCAAGCCACUGUUAUUUUUUAAAUGUACUUUCUAUGAGACCUUUUGGUUUUAGGUGAAUUUGAACAACCUGUUUAUUUAUUUCUCUGCGUUCAUUUGUCAAAUAUGUUAAAAGCAUUAAAGUGCAAGAGAGACCGGCAAGAAAUAGACUAAUGUCUAUCUCCACAAUACCCUUUAGAUCACACAAGCACUGUGAGUUAAGAGGAUUAAGGGCCAGAGUUAUUAAAACAAGUGUUAAACACACCAUAAGCUUUACAUUUACAGUGCUUCAAAAAUACCUUUGUAAAUAUAUUUUUUUAAAUAAAAUGUUAUUGCAAAUGGAUGGACUUCA